CUGGCGUCAGUUCUAUCUAUUCUUCAAGGCUUAUAAAGUAAUCAAGUGAAGAUGGACUUGGGGCUGGGUGCGCCACGCAAGGAGGAAAUGCCGCCACGCUUCGAGCCGUACGUGCAGCCGGUGAAUGGGAUCGUUCAGCCGCCAGUGAUGCCGCCGCCGGGUAGGCGUGGCCGGCGCACCAAUGUGCUGGAGAGCCUGAAGUCCGUGCUGAAGUUUUUGUGGAAGAGCCGCUGGUCGUAUUACUUCAGGUAUCCCGUGGACGCAGUGGCUCUCUGCAUACCGGACUAUCACAACGUGAUCAGGCAGCCCAUGGACCUGACCACCAUACGCCGGCGACUGAACAACAACUACUAUUGGCAGGCGGCCGAGGCGCUGGACGACUUCGAGCUGAUCUUCGAGAACUGCAUGCUGUACAAUCUGGAGGGCACCGAGGUGCACAGCGCUGGCAAGGAGCUGCGAAGCGCCUUCUACACGCGCCUCUCCUUCAUCGACCUGAACAACGAGACGGAGCUGGUGCCGCAGGCGGCGAUGAGGAAGCGCAAGGCGGAGCCAGCGCAGCAGAUCCAAACAAUCCGAGAGCAUGUGGAGCCAGCCAUAGCCAAGUCAGCCAAGGUGGCCAAGGAAGCUGUGUGGCCGAUGGCGCCGGUCGAGGCUGCGAUUCGCUAUGAGCCCCAACCCCAGGCUGAAGGCAAGCCCGAGUGGAAGGCCGAGGCGGAGUCUGAGCGCCAACCCGAACCGGAACCAGAAGCCGAGCCCGAUCCACUGCUUGACUCGGAGCCCAUUGAGUUUGAGGUGAACCCAAACAUAACGCUCGAGUGGCAAAACUACCUCGUGGAGAAGAGCCACGCGGAGCGGCUGCUCCGGUGCCUGACCAAGCGCAAGCGCAGCAGCAUCAACUGGCCCUUCCGGUGCUGUGAUCUGUGGCGGGAAUAUGGCCAGAAUCUGCACUACGACCACGAUGCCGAGGAGAAACUGGACUGGGAAACACUGCGAAUCAAACUGGAGGAAAAUCAAUUCGAUAACUUCGAGGAGUUUGUGGAGACGUUGCGAACAAUGUUCCAGAACGCCUUGACGUGUUUUCCGAUUGAUGAGACCGUGAUCUCAGCGGUCAAUGAGAUAAACGAAUUGCUGGAGUCGCGCUUGGAUGAUUUGCGUAGUUCGAUGGCUGAGAAGAAGACGCGACUUCGGCAUUCGGUAAACAAAAGUCUUCGGAGUUACAACUUGAUUGUUUCGCAACAGGAGAGUUUUAUUAACUCUGAAGAGAGUUUUUCAUAUGGAGUUGAAAGCCACAAGUAAUUACACUGUUUUAUUGAAAACACUAAAUGAAACAAAUGUAAAAUAAUUUC